ACAAAGUAGUAUUGGAUGUCUAAAAAUCCUUUGCGGAUGAGAGGCGAAAAGAGAGGAAGUAAAUGUUCUCCUUUACAGCAAUACAAACCACUUCAUUGUAAAGAUAAGCAUCUGCAUCAAAUUUUUUCAAAGAGCCAUACACACGCAUGUAGAGUGUAAAGCUCUCUCCUUCCUGGGUCUUAUUUGCCUCACUCCCAUCAAACAGUCAAGGGUAGGCCCAAUUUGUUUGCCUUUUUUCUUAUUUGGAAAAAUGAUUAAUCAUCAUAAAAGUUAUAUAUAUAUAUAUAUAGUCAGAGGUCAGUAAGCAUGAUGAGUUUUUGAGUCACCAUUCAGAAAGAAACCAUAUCAAACACUUAACCCAAAUGGAUCAUCAUGUCAAUAGUCUUGCACUCUUGAAGGUUGGAAUAAUGGGGAUGUUGAUGCUUAGUAGAGUGGCAUAUUCUGAUGACCAAGUGGGAGAUCCUGACUCUGGUUUAUUAUGCAUCAGUGAUUGUGCAACAUGUCCAACUAUUUGUUCACCUCCACCUCCAUCAAAAGGGUAUUCAUCUCCACCAACAUCAUCAUCAUCACCAUCACCACCACCACCGACACCAGUUCACCAUUCUCCGCCGCAGUCUUACUACCACUCUCCACCACCGCCUUCGCCACCCUCACCGCUGUCACAGUCGGCGCCACCACCAGGCAAUUCAUGGACUUACUGGGGAACUCCCCCACCUCCUUUUAAGUAUGGUAACACACCUCCAUCAGGUCAAUCACCACCAACAAAUGGACCCCAUGACUAUCCAUAUCCUUACUACUACUUCUAUGCCUCCCAGGCCUCUUCUCUUUCCUCCCAUUGUGCUUCCAUUUUACUUGUAAUAUUGUUCUACUGUGUUGUGUUAUACUAUUGUUGAGAAAGAAAGCAGCAAAAUUUUGGGUUUAUUCUGGGGGAGGUGGAUAUGUUGGGGUCUUACAGCAGGGUGGUAGAGAAUGAAAA